AUGCGUGCUCUGAGCUCCCUCCCUUGUAUCCUUCUGUCCUAUGGAUCCUCAACAGGACCUCAGGGUCCGGCCCCCGACUCUCCAAGCAGCAGGGCGGAGAGGGAGGGGCCCCAGAGGUCCAGGAAGAGGGAGAAAGGGAGAAAUUCGAGAAACAAGCCACUCGGGGAGAACCAGACAAACCGGGUCCGGGCAGGGCGGAGCCGGGUCUGGGGCCCCGGAGUGGGGGGGCGGGCUCUCGGUGGGAGGAGCGCUGCAGAGGCCUCGGCUGCGGCGGACCGGAGUGGAAGGGUGGGGAACCCCGAGACUCCGGGCGCCGCUUGGCUGCACGAAACGCGGUUCCCCAGGACCCCCGACACCUUCAAGAGUCCGGCCCAGGGGGCAGAGCUCCACUCUUGGCUCCGCCCCAGGCCUGAUCACCAAGAUUCAGCGGGGUACCCGAAAGGGGGUUGCCCCGCAGCCCCCACCCCCCGCCCGGCUCCUCAACACAAACUUUCCGUCCCGCUCGCUCCCUCCUCCGCGCCCAGCACCUCCCGCUCCGGCCCGGCUCAUUCCGUGCAUUCCGGCCAUCCCCCUGCCCACGACCCCCCUUCCCGGCCCCCCUUGCUACUCCCUCGGGCCCGGAGGAGCGGCCCGGCGGAGCGCCCCCCGGAGCUCGGAGCAGGCUCAGGCCUUCCAGGGGGCUCAGGCCCAGAGCCCAGAGCAACCAGCACAAUAGCGUCCAACAGCUGGACCGCCAACAGCAGCCCCGGGGAGGCCCGGGAGGAUGGGUCCGAAGGCCUGGACAAGGGGCUGGACAACGAUGCCGAGGGAGUGUGGAGCCCGGACAUCGAGCAGAGCUUCCAGGAGGCCCUGGCCAUCUACCCGCCCUGCGGCCGGCGCAAGAUCAUCCUGUCAGAUGAGGGCAAGAUGUACGGUCGAAAUGAGCUGAUUGCCCGCUACAUCAAACUGAGGACUGGAAAGACCAGAACGAGAAAACAGGUGUCCAGCCACAUACAGGUUCUAGCUCGGAAGAAGGUUCGGGAAUACCAGGUUGGCAUCAAGGCCAUGAACCUGGACCAGGUCUCCAAGGACAAAGCACUCCAAAGCAUGGCCUCCAUGUCAUCUGCACAGAUCGUCUCUGCCAGCGUCCUGCAAAACAAGUUCAGCCCACCCUCCCCUUUGCCCCAGGCUGUCUUCUCCACCUCCUCAAGGUUCUGGAGUAGUCCCCCUUUGCUAGGACAACAGCCUGGGCCGUCUCAGGACAUCAAGCCUUUUGCCCAGCCUGCCUACCCUGUCCAGCCUCCCCUGCCACCGACGCUCAACAGUUAUGAGUCCCUGGCCCCGCUGCCCCCAGCCGCUGCCUCCUCUGCCUCUGCGCCUGCGUGGCAGGACCGCACCAUCGCCUCCUCUCGGCUACGCCUCCUGGAAUAUUCCGCCUUCAUGGAGGUGCAACGGGACCCCGACACGUACAGCAAACACCUGUUUGUGCACAUCGGCCAGACGAACCCUGCCUUCUCAGACCCACCCCUGGAGGCGGUGGAUGUACGCCAGAUCUAUGACAAGUUCCCUGAGAAGAAGGGGGGGCUGAAGGAACUCUAUGAGAAGGGGCCCCCGAACGCCUUCUUCCUUGUCAAGUUCUGGGCUGACCUCAACAGCACAGUUCAGGAGGGCCCUGGGGCCUUCUACGGGGUAAGCUCACAGUAUAGCUCGGCCGACAGCAUGACCAUCAGCGUGUCCACCAAGGUGUGCUCCUUCGGCAAACAAGUGGUAGAGAAAGUGGAGACUGAGUAUGCCCGCCUGGAGAACGGCCGCUUCGUGUACCGUAUCCACCGCUCGCCCAUGUGUGAGUACAUGAUCAACUUCAUCCACAAGCUGAAGCACCUGCCCGAGAAGUACAUGAUGAACAGCGUGCUGGAGAACUUCACCAUCCUGCAGGUGGUCACAAGUCGGGACUCACAGGAGACCCUGCUUGUCAUCGCUUUUGUCUUCGAAGUCUCCACCAGCGAGCAUGGGGCACAGCACCAUGUCUACAAGCUUGUCAAAGACUAGCGUCCCUUUGACGUCCACCAGAAUGCAAGACGUCGGACUUUCUUCCACACACUUGCCUGCCUGGGCUCCCACGGUGUGGGUUAGGGGACUCACCCACCCACGGGCUUAAGGCUGGGACCCAGGCUGCCUCCUUGGCCCCGGCACACAUGCUCCCUGCCACUGUCCUGCGCUUUACUGGAGAGAAGAGGGCUCCAUGGUGAUGUGGCCUUCCUGGGCAUUGACCCACAGAUGACCGGGUCCCACCUGGCCUCAAGUGACAUCAGAGUUGGGGGAUGGAGGACACCUGCGGGCUUAGUGCCUGGUCUCUGGUUCCUAAGGGAGCCAUGAGCAGGUGAAGGUAGAAUGGAGACCAGAGAGGCAGCUUGCAAGGCUGCCCUGGUACAAGGUGUUGAGUUGGGGGCUGGGCUAAGAAUGGCCCACACUUCUUGUACCUUCUAGGUACCAGCCUGUUCCCAGGCCCCGUGCAGUGAGCUUUGGUCUCCUGUAUCAAAGUGCCAAGAUAGAGGCUCACAGAGUGGGUGGAGCUGGAGCCUAAGUUCAGCUACCUCCCUAGAACAGGGCUGGCUACAGGGGCGGGGGCUGUGCUGGCCCAGAGCAAGCGGUACAGCUGGGCUGGAGGCUGGACAGCGUGCUGCCCGUUCUCCCCAGCAUAUAUGCAGCUAGGCACCCCUUCAAUGACAGGUGGCAGGGAACAGGAGCCUGGAACUUGAAGAGCCCUUGUCUCCUCCCCUCCCCUGCUUCCUCCACAUCCAGGCCCCUGAGGGUCAACUGGCCUGUCCCCAGGUCACCUGGGUAUUUAUCAGUUUCAAAUGAAGUACUGUGCCCCUCCUCAUCCUGCCCGAGCUUCCUGAAGGUUUUCACCGUUCGCAUACUGCUCAGGCCACCUCCAAACCCCACCUAGGUUUUAUAACAUGUAUUAUAUGUAUUUUUGUGUAUUUUUAAAUCCAGAUGUGACGGGCUAUAUCAUAAAUGGCUCAAGGCAGGGGCCCAUGGCCUGGUUCCUGCCUAAACAAUUAAAAAAGCU